AUGCAAACGGCAACCAUUCUUCAGCGCCUCUUGACGGAGGAAGGAGCAUUCUUUCAUCCCGUAAUGCGGUUGGCAUCUAUUCCUUCCAUGGGUGGUGGCUAUGGGGUAGUGGCAGCAGAGUCAUUGAAGCCCGGUACACUUCUCGCAAGGAUACCGCGGCACUCAAUGAUCACGGCUAGCAAGGCCCGUCAUUACUUGGCAUCUUUCGAAUACAAACAGAGGCAAGCUCUCUCUUGCAGCAAUCGACCUUCUAACGAAGGUGCUCCUGUUACAGACUUGGAAGCUGUUGAACAAGAGCUUUCACAGAGCCUUUCUCCAUCAAACACUAUUAUUUGCUAUAUUCUUUUGAAUGCAGCUCAAUACGGUCGUUUUUCUACCCCUCAUACUGAAAACAGCAUGGAUAUGUCAGCGGAUAGCAGCAGCAGGAGGGAUAAAAUAUCUUUCCAAAGCGAUCAUGCGUGGAUGAAGACAUGGAUACUUUCGCUUCCUGCCCGUUACAAUAAUCUUCUCGAACUGCGUCCCGAAAAGGCUGAUGAAGAAUGCUAUUCAAGUUAUGAGGAUACUGAGAAAAUUGUUUCCUCAUCUGAUGCGUAUCUCCGCCCUUACCUGCAGUUUGAGCGGCAUCGUCAUAAGGUUUUGCGAGAGCAGGCGAACGCUGAGGCGGAAUUUCAAUUAUGCAAGUCAGCGCUCUCAUUUUUUCAGACCAUGCCACAUUCUGACUGUGAAGAGAGAUCAAUGCCGGUUACAUUGGAGCAAUUUCUUUGGGCUUACAACACUCUGAUGACCCGUGGCUUCGCAUAUUACUCAGAGGUUUGGAGCCUUAUGCCUUGGGUAGAUUACUUCAACUACGCCUUGAAUAGCAAUGCCACGAUGAAGUACGAUGAACGAAGAGGAGCCUACAUCUUUGAAGUCCUUUUUCCUAUUGAGAGUGGGGAACAAAUUUUUCUGCAAUAUGGCGCCUAUACGGACAUGGAGUUGCUGUUGUGGUACGGUUUUACCCUCACACCAGUUUUACUUCCUGAGGUCGCGAGUGCCAGUACAAUAAAGGAAAGGAGCCAGAAGCUUCGAAUGCUUUUGCGUGAAGGCCUGGAAAUAAUGGAUGAUGGGGACAUUUCUUUUGCCCAUCGUGAUGAGGUGUGGCUGAAGGCAGUAAACAGGGCUUUGGGUUAUUGUUUUUCGCCAUGGACGGAUGCGGAUGGAUCAUAUCCUCCUAAUUUAAGUGAAUCGUGGUUGGAACUUCUUCUUUCUUCAUACAUGAAGCUAAAAAAUAAGUCUAGUGGUGACGGUGAAAUAUAUCAAUUUCCUCCUGCGGCGGAAGCAGCGAAUGCCCUCGCCAGGCUCAUUAUAGGAACGAAAACGCAACACAAACUGCCACCUAAACUAACUGCUCGUGAUUGUCGUCUUGGAGCACUAGGUCCAUCUCCGUCGAUGCUUCGCCUUCUGAAACACAUUAGCCGCAUUUCUUCCACUCUUAAAGAAGGGACAAAAUUAACUCUUGUUAACCUUCUGCGAGCCAUUUGUUGGGCGGAACUGUUUUGUAAUUAUGGUGCGGGGAUGAAAUUAUUUUUUCUAAAAACUGAGACGAUAACAUCGCCUGUUGGUACCGUAAAGUCCAUGGCGCGUCAGGCCUCGUUGGAUGCUGCCUCGCUCCUGCACCUCUUGGCGGUGGAAGCGACAGAGGAGGAAUUGCGUGUCUACCUUUCGAGGAUGUGUGAUUAG